CACAAGCCAUAUGUAUUAAUUUCGUGCAUAAUUUCGGAAAGCAUACACUAAAUUCGGGGUCUUAUUGGAGAGAACACCGUGAAGCUGGGUAACCCAUCGGUGACCUCUAGGGCCUCUGAGGAUGCCUGCUGGAGCGUCCGUGGUGCGUCGAGGUAGCUCUAUGUCUGCACGUGAUCCCAAGAUGUCUGUAUCGACCUUUCUGGGGCCGAAAGACGCUCUGACGGCAGAGAUAUCUAGCGAUAACCAAGAGAUCAUAGACGCCGAGGACUACAUCACUGGAGCCUCUCGUGGAGGCUACGCCAGCAGCAUUAUUAGCAGCGAAGGAAGCAGCGAUAGCGAGGAGGGAGGCGCCUAUGACUCGCAGGACGUGGCACAAUUCUCGGUUGCAGAGCUGCAGGACCAGAUCGGUCAGCAAUUCGUGGAAGGUAUCAACCCGUACGUGGAGCAGCACAUGGGGGACGAGGAAGAUUUUUACGUCGAAAACUCGUCAUCUGAUGAGGACGAGAACACUAUUAAAGACGAGAAAACGCCCGAGGAGAAGGAGAAAGAGCUCACAGAAUGGGAGAAUCCGUCCUAUCUGGUUAAAGAUUUGGACACAGGCGAAAGUUACAGGGUGGAGGAGAUCGACCAGCAAUUCACACUAGUUACACUCGACUCAGUUGCUGCACAGCAUGAACACAAAGAAGAACAGCAGCAAGGAGAGGAGACGACAGAGUCCACGUCGUCAUAUUUACUAUCGCUGUAUACAGCGGACGAGACAGCAGAUAUCGAGAUCGAAGACGACCUGCCUCAAGAUGCUGAAGCCAUUAGCACAGGCGGCUCCAUGCGAGCUCGGAGUUCCAACAUGUCGGUGAUCUAUGCGCCGAGCGACGAGCUGCCGACUGGGCCGCCUGUCAAGUGUAAUUUUUCUGGGUGUACCGAGAUGCACCAGCGAGUAUCGGGUUAUUGUGCAGACCAUGAGAUGAUAGCCAAAGAGGAGGAAGAUUCCCGUGCACAGGCUUUGUAUCUGAUCCCUAGUGGCGCUCGAGCGGAGUUUAUCAAGAUCGGAAGCCACGGGUUUGCAUAUGAUGCUUCCAAUCGCUUGUACACGGUGUACGCCAUCGAAAUGCGCUGUGUGCAGUCAGGAGCGACGUGGGUCAUUUAUCGUCGGUACCAGCAGUUUAAGGAACUCAACGAUCGCUUACGUCCCAUGGGGGUGCGUGUUCCAUUGCUUCCUCCUAAGAAGCUGCUGGGCUCGUUCGAACCCGAUUUUAUCGCCAAGCGGCAGAGCGAGCUGUCCAAUUGGCUUCGAUGUCUGCUAAACUAUGACCGUGUGGACCAGUCAGCUAAGAAUCCUCAUCUGGUUGAGGAAGUUCGCAAGUUCCUGACUAGUAAAGCUGAUCAACCACCUCUUCUACUGGACAGACUCCCACUAAAGCGCUCAAGGUUCUUUGGAGCGUCUCUAGCUGACGAUGGGGACGACGAAAACAAUAGGUUAUCUACUGGCAAGCAGAACGUGUCGCUGCAAGAUUUCAAGAUGAUUCAAGUGAUUGGACGUGGAUCUUUCGGUAAAGUGGUGCUAGUGGGUCACAAGACCACGAAGAAAUUGUAUGCGAUGAAGAUUUUAUCCAAGGAGAACAUCGUGAAGCGCAAACAGGUGGAACACACCCGUACAGAGCGACGUGUACUAGGAUGUACCCGACAUCCGUUCAUUGUGGGACUCCACUAUGCAUUCCAGACUGCACAACGACUGUACUUUGUGUUGGAUUACUGUCCCGGAGGUGAGUUGUUCUACCAUUUAUCGCGCAUGAAGAAGCUGCCGGAACACAUGGCGUGCUUCUACGCCGCCGAGAUCACUUUAGCUCUGGAGCAUCUACACGGACUGGGUGUUGUGUAUCGAGAUCUAAAGCCAGAGAACAUCUUGCUCACCAAGGACGGACACAUCAAGUUGGCAGACUUUGGACUUGCUAAAGAAGGUAUCCGAGAUGGCGUUAAUGGCACCAACUCGUUGUGUGGUACACCCGAGUAUCUCCCUCCAGAGAUCCUUGACCGAUUGGGCCAUGGGACAGCAGUGGACUGGUGGAAUUUGGGCAUGGUGCUGUACGAGAUGCUGACCGGUUUGCCGCCAUGGUACACGAACGACCGCAAGAAGCUGUUCGAGCGUCUGCGAUCCGCAAGACUGCACUUUCCGCCCUACGUUUCACGGCGAGCCGAAGCGCUCAUACGUCAGCUGUUGAAUCGCAACCCGGCGGAGCGUUUGGGCUCGAAAGGCGCGCACCAAGUGAAGAACCACCUCUUCUUUGAGAGUAUUGACUGGGCGAAACUAGCCAAGAAGCAGGCGACUCCACCGUUCCGACCGUGUCACUCGGCGAUGAACGACGGCGAAGCUCCACUGAAUUUCGAGGCGGAGUUCACGCGUCUGCCGCUGCCGAGUGCGGAGAAUGUGGCCACGAGUCCACAAAGUGGCCGUUUGGGCGCGUUGGGGACGCGGUUACGACGAGACUCGGAUACGUUUAAGGACUUUACGUAUGAGAGUCCAGGGUAUCUUGAGUCUGUGGCGAAGAAAGAGGAAGCGUAAGUUGAUAUUUGAAGUUGAUAAGUAGUGAAAUUAAGCUGCAUGUUGUAAUGGGGACUGGCGAAACUGUAGACGAAAGACGAUGACAAACAGGCUCUGGCGAGACUCCACGAUACUACAACGCAGCGACGUGCUGUUGGCUUGCUCGUUGCAGCCAUUCGAGAUAAUUAUUCACGACGACAGCCAGGAUGCGAUUAAAUCCACGCAGUGAAGGCACCUUCUGAAACACCCCGUAAAGCACAGACUGUGCUCUGCAAAGCACAACAAGGCGCACACCGGCUUCCUGGAAACUAAACUUAAUCUUGUUUGUGCAUGUAAGCGGAGCGGAGCAAUGUUGCCUCAAAGCACUCAUGCUGGUCUUGCAUCGUGCGAGUAUAUUACCUAAAGUUUCUUAGGAAAGAUAAUGCUCUCAACCAUAACGAAGCCUGAUUUUGCCGUAAUAUCUGGU